CACAGCGGAAGAAUUCGGCCUGAUAACGACGCAGCAACCGGAAGUGAAUUUCAAGUGCACCGGAAGUGAUAUCUACUUCAACAUUGAGCACCUUUGCGAUGGAAGAGCUCACUGUCCCCAAGAAGAUGAUGAAUUUUUAUGCGGUGAUUUCGACAACAAAGGAUGUAGAACUUCGGAGGAGAUGCGCUGCUCCAACACGUCGAGCACAUGCGUCAAGUUUACAGCCGUCUGUGACGGAAUCAGAGAUUGCGCAGACGGGAGCGACGAAAUAUAUUGUGAGACAUCAGCUUGUGGGAGUUCAUGCUCGUUUUGUUCUAAACUAGGUGCAUCAUGUGACCUUGGCGGAUCAUUCAGCAGCUUCGGAUCUUUAAAACUCCCUUCUACUAUACGAUAUUUGAAACUUACAAAUUUCUCUGACUUCCACAACGGUUUACCAAUCAACCAAGCAGAUUAUCCUCUCCUGACAUCAUUAAUCUUAUCCGGGAAUGGUAUCACUCUAUCCGCCAUUAGACAAAACUUGUUUGAAAACAUGACGUCGCUACUGACAUUGGAUCUCUCCGAGAAUAACAUUACCUCUUUGGAAAGGGGAACGUUUGACCAAGGCUUGCAUAGACUUCAAUACUUGUAUCUCAGGAGAAAUGACAUGAGAUCUAUUGAAGAUGGAUCAUUCAUUGGUCUACCGAAGUUACAACGAUUAUAUCUAGACAGAAAUGAGAUCACUGUGGUUCACAGAAAUUAUUUUAGCAACUUGAAAAAUCUUGCUUGGUUAGAUCUUGGUCACAAUGAUAUAGAAUCGAUUGAAUCGGGAACAUUUCAAGAUCUUGGAAACAUCACGGACCUGUUACUUCGGAAUAACUGCAUAAGCAUGAUUGAGACAGGAGCUUUUAGAGGUCUCGACAAGAUUACCGGAAUAUCUUUUACAGAUAACAAGAUCAACGAGCUCCAUAAAGGAAUGCUUGAUGGACUAUCAAGUGUGGAAUGGAUAUCAUUUAGACGUAAUCCGCUGUCGUACAUAAAGCCUGGUACAUUUGACAACACGACACAAAUCAAAUACUUACUACUCGUGGAAGUUCAACUAAACCACCUGGAUCCUGACAUGUUCAGAGGGAUCGAGAAUCUCCAAUAUCUAUCCACUGAUGACUAUCGUCUGUGCUGCCUCUUUGAUAAUAGCGAUGUCUGCUCUGUAGCACAGAUGUCCUCUCUAGAUUCCUGCACCAGACUCAUGCCUAAUACUGUCCUUCGAGUCGCCAUGUGGGUCCUAGGAUUGGGCGCCCUCUUCGGCAACACCAUGGUAAUCAUCUUGCGAUGUCGUAAUAAGCGAGCAACGAACACGAGAAACCGCGAACAGGUAUUCUUCAUCUCGAAUCUAGCCAUCGCUGAUUGGAUCAUGGGUAUCUUCAUGAUCAUCAUCGCAUCAGCUGAUCUCUACUAUGGAGAGUAUUACUUCCUUGACGCGCCACACUGGAGAAGCUCCGGACUCUGUAGAUUCGCAGGUGUCAUCGCCAUCUUAUCAAGUGAAAGUUCUGUGUUCUUUCUGACCAUCAUCACCGUUGAUCGUUUCCUGAGUGUAGUGUUCCCGUUCAGCAAAUUUAAACUCCAAAGCCAAUCAGCGCGCGUUUGUGUCGUCAUCACGUGGGUUAUAACAACCAUACUGAGUCUGGGGCCCGUCGUCAUCGGCUCUUUCGUGCCAGGGUUCUACGGAUUGUCUGACGUUUGUAUCGGUCUGCCCCUGAGCGUGGAUUCAACAGGAACGGGAAUUCUCGUCUACGAUUACACCCUAGCUAUCCCAGUCUUUACGCCCAACAAUGAUGGGAGCCUUCAGCCAUCUUGGAUUUAUUCUAUCGUACUAUUCUUAGGAAUCAACCUCGCCUGUUUUUUGUUCAUCCUCGUCUGUUACAUCGUAAUCUUCAUCCAGGUGAAGCGGUCUGCAAACGAUAUCGGCAAGGAACGAAGCACUGGAUCUCCCCAGGAGGUGAGGAUCGCCAUGAAGAUGGCUCUCAUAGUCGGCACUGAUUUCUUGUGUUGGAUGCCAGUCAUCAUCAUGGGUAUCCUCUCCCAAGCAAGACUGGUGGAGCUUCCAGUCUCCCUCUACGCAUGGUCGGCAGUGUUCAUCUUACCCAUCAACGCCACCCUCAAUCCAUAUCUCUACACAUUUACAGAGUUUAUUGGCCAGAAGCGGAGGAGAGCUAACGUGAGUCAGAAAUCAAUGAUGACAAGUAGUACAAUGGCUUCGAGUAGAAAAGGCGAAUACGAAUCAAGAAUGUAAAGUUGUAAUAUCAUCGUCUCUGAAGCAAAAUUCAGAGAGUAGUCGUAAAUUCCUAAUACUUUCUGAUAUGAAAUAAGACAGUGUUCGCUCAAUGGUUUCAUUUUGUUGCAUGUUUUCUUAAUCAUUCUGCAUGUGGUUGUGCAUUUUUAACCAAUUAUUUUAAUUGAUAAUGACAAACUUUGGCCUACUCCUUGUCGCCUGUUUUUAAAAGUGACAAAUUUUUAGUUUGUGUAAAUACGUUAAUACUUUGGUUUGUUAUGACGAUUGAUAUGUGUGAUCUUACUAAGACAAAACUGCAUAGAAACGACGGCAUAUCUUAGCUACAUAUUGGAUGUAUUGUGUGAGACGAAGACUGUGGCAGUCAUUACGAAUGAGAUCUGAAUAAUUAUGAUGAAUGAAUAAGUGUUUGGUUCUGCAAGAUUGGAAAACGGCUUUAAAAACGGACACAUUCAAGCGUUUUGCCCUGCACUCAAACUCGUUUGCGAAAAGCUUUAAUAUGUCAUAUCUUAAUGCUAUUUUCCGAUAAUCUUGUGAGUGUGAUAAAUAUGUGAAAACCCUGUACACAUCCUUUGUGAUGAGGAUGUAUUUUGUAAGUAUGCUUAAAUAAAAAAUGCGUUUAACAUUCCGGCUGCAAUCAAUGCAAUAUUACCGUUGUGACAUGUAUUAAAGUAGUAUCUUUGUUUCAGUGGUUAGAUAGAUAGUGAUAUUCUUGAAUAACGCUUAAACUAUAAGAAGAAUAUUUGUGUGCUUCUGUGUCCACCAUUUUCCUUUCGCCCUUUUGUUGUAAACGGUGGGGUUUUCUUAAAGUUUAAUUCUUUUGAACAACUGUGAAAGAAAAGUUGAGUCCUGAAAACGGGUCAUAAUUUGUUAGGUUUUAUAUUGGGCCUUAUACUAGUGCAAAAUAGCAUAGGCACGAUAGGAUAUUGUUCACAUAGAUUACUCGAUAUCAUAAUAACAGUAUAGAUUAUGAUCAAAAGAGAUAUCCUUUCAGUGAUCACCAUUACUAUAUUCAGUACUCCAAUCCACCAAUUGGCUAUUUAAGCAAGAUCUUGAACCGAUAUGAAACGACCACUACCCCUGGUGUCGUCACUCUGCCCACGGAUGUGGACAUAGGCCUAACGUUUUGGAAAACAGUAUUUGGAUUCGAUUUAGCCGUGUUUUACGAUCAUUUUCCGCCAUUAGUACAGUUGCAAAGACGCGUACUAAUCAAAAUUGGCCCCAAACACCCAUAUUUUUACGGUUUUUCUUUGGCUUCACCACAAUAUAUAUAUAUUCUUUUGCAGAAUAUUGCGGCAGAAACCAUUUUUUUUUAAUUUCCAAUCUCGAAUAAAAGCCCCCAAAUACCCCUUUUCAGAUUUCAGGUAUAUAGAUCAUUAAAGCAAUGCCCUUAGAAUAAAACAGCACGCUCUAUUUUUUUCCUGUUUCCAACUUUAAUUGAAGCAAGCCAGACUCAAAUGCUCCAAAUGGAAUGAGGGUCAGGAGAUGGAGAGAGAGACACUUAAAAGUAUGGUAGCAGCGGUGGGAAGCUAAACCCGCUCUAGAAUGACCGGGUAAGCUAAUGGAAAAAUAAAUAGCUUCAACUACUCGCGUCUCUCUCUAAUAAUUUCUGAAUUUACGUUUCAAGUAAUGUACAGUAAUGUAGAUUUUCCAAUGCUUCCUAACUGUUCUUUUACCAAUCAAGCACCCCAUUCCCCAAUUUCCAAUUCUAUCCCUAGUUUAAAGCAAGCUCACCUUUCCGGCUGGUUCAUCAAAGGUUCAUAUUAAUGAGUGUCAAUAGACGUCAUCUGUUGACGAACUGAGUCGAUUAAUUUUACUUUCUGCAAAUGAAAAUUGUUUGGAAAUGUUUAAAAGAAAAACAAAGCGAGCCUAGACC